AUGGGAGACCCGAGCUCCUUGAAUUCCGCGGAUAAGCUUCCGACGGGGGUUGAUUCUAAUAGGAGCCUGCGUUUUCGCGGGACAGAGGAAAUCGAUUACGCUGGUUACGCGUCUCUCAUGCGAUGAAUCGUCUUUGUACUUCGAUCGUUCGUUUGGUUUUUUUUUUCCUUUUGUAUUUGAUUCGUAUUUGCCGCGCGUUGCGUACACACUUUUAUUUGGCGCGUGUGCUCGAGAACGAGGAUAGACCAUUUUUUUAGACUGAAUUUGCCCCCUGACAGUGACAAAUAAUCAAAUUUGCCAGAUUUUAUAUAUUACGCACAUUUACGCAAGAAAAAUUGGGAAAAACACGGAAAAACAGGAUAAAUUUAUCGUAUUUAUCAUUUACAUGAGUAGAGUUUCAUAUAUUAUAAAAGAUGUGAAUUCAGGAUGAUUAAUUCGUCUAAUUCAUAUAAAUGGAGAUUCUUUUUAUUUUUUUACUAAUUUACAUUCAUAUUUGACGAAAUUUAUAUAACUACUCUUUUAAAUGAACUCAUGUGUGACUAAUUGGAAGGACAAUUUUGUUUCUAUCAGUAAUUACUGCAUUUUUAGGUUAUGUACUUCCAUGAGAUAGUAAUUACUAAUUUAUUAUCUGCACUUCCAUAUAUUGGACAGUUGUUGAAUGAGUAUGAAGGGGAUUUUCUAUUAAAUCGAUCUUUUUCCUUACAUUUUAUUUUACCAUUAAUUAUUCUAAUAUUAGUAUUUGUUCAUCUAAUAAUUUUACAUUUAUCUUCAAAUCCAAUCCAUUCAAAAUUAAAUAUUUAUAAAGUUGAUAAAACGCUUGGUGGAAUAUCAGAUGAGACAAAGUGGGGCCGAAAGGAUGAAAAUGCAAUUGGAAAUAUUCGGGAUCUGUCGGGAAAGCAAAAUAUAAUAGAGUAG